AUGAAGUCACUCGUCCUUCUCAUGGCGAUCUUUGCUGCAUCGCUGCACGUCGUCAUGGCUGCUGCUGUCCAGCUACCAGACACCAAUGUCGGUACGAUAAGCCGUCGAGCCAGUAAGUUUGGGUUUGCAAUGGUGAUCCACCCCGGAGUUGUGGAGCUUUGUCCUUAGUGCCGCCAGAUCGAGUAAAUGGUCCAUAGCUAUUUGCUGCCCAUUGGCUGAUCGAACCUCCUUCUUGUUUUCGAUGAUUCGGAACUGUACUAAUUUGUGAUGUUCCCGACCUGCCAGUGAACGCCACGACCGACUGCGCGCGAAGUAAAGCUCGUGUCGUGUGCUCGAAACCGGCCGAAACCUUGCUCAACAUGGAGUACUGUCAGUCCGAGGAGACCGAACAAAAAACAAAAAAAAACAGGAGCCGUACCAGGAAAGGAUAAAUACUUACCGGCCGAUUGUCAUCGCUUUGUUCGGUCGUCUCAUCCUUAACCAGACCUUUGGCGCCAAUUCGAACUCUCCGAAAAGCUGAUUCAGCAAUACCAAAUCGACCUGCAAAACCCCUGGGUCCUCACUUAUCGCGAACACCAAGAACUUUAUGGCCUUUGGCGACAAGGGUCAAUAGGGGACGUCAACUAUAGUCGACCUUGGUGGUUCUUUAAUGGGGGAAAGGAUUGGGAUCUAUGGAAUAAUUAUAAAGGCAUCUCGUGUGAGGAUGCAAGGAGCAAGUAUUUGGAGGUGUUUGAAAGAGCGGAGGAUAAAGUUUUGGGGGCGAAGUUGAUUAAACAGAUUGAGGCGGCUUGA